GCUUGGCAAGCAAGAAUUGAGUCAGUUGCCGGAUUUCAUAAGCACUUGCAUUCAUGAGAUCGUUUAUCCACUCUUGGUUCAUCCACAACUUGGAGUCCGAGAUCAUGCCACAAAAGCAUUUUCUACCUAUUUAUCACACUGUGACUUCAAGGUUGCUGUUGAGUCACUGGGAGAAACUGUCUCAAAACUUGAACAAGAUGAGAACUUUGGAGCAUGGAAAUUGUCAUCAGAUGGCUACUACUUCUUAUCUCAUCAUGCCAUUCUGCAACCAAGCUACAAAUUCAUGGAUGCUUGUCAGGCUGAAGGUUUGCUGAGUGUUUGCCUUCAUCUGAUCAAGUAUGUAGGCCCUGUGGCAUCCAUGUUGAAUGAAGGUCUUAGAGGCAGCACAUAUAGCUUCUGUGAGCAUGUCCAGUCUGAAGUGCUUCUACCAAAUUGGCCAAGAUACUUCUGGACCUUCAGUCUCUAUCUCAUGCACCCAGCAUCUACUGUUAGACAAGCUGCCAGCAUUAUAUUCAAGUAUAUUGUUGCAAAAGCAAGCAGUAACUCUGGGCUUCUGAAGCUAGUGCUGCAAGCUCUAUGUGCCAACUGGAGUGUUAACAUCAGAAAGGAUUUGAUGGAAUCCAGAUACAGUUACCAAGGCAGGAAAAUGCAGCAAGAAAUGGUUAAAGGAAAUCUCUUGCAGCGGGAGUCAUUUGGAAGACAGUUUUCUCUCGAAGAAGAGACGCAAAGGAGUACUUCAGCACUUCAUGAAAUUCAAGAAGAUGAUAUUCUGGACAAACAUUUCUGCCAAGCUUGGGAAUGGAGAGAAGGGCGUUUGCUUGCAUAUGAGCUAAUUGUGAAGUUCCUGAUCAUCAACCACAUCCAUUAUCUUUUCCCCUCCUAUGCUCUAAUGCCACCUAGGUUUGAUGGAAGUGUAUCAGCGGACAGUGCUGCCACACACAGUCAAAAGCCAGCUUUACCUCAACGUCCUGUUUUGAGCAAGAGUUUCAGCCAUAACAGUAGUAGUUUGUGCCAGGGCUAUACUGCUCAAUUCCAGAGUCUCAAAAGAAGUGAAAGUGGACAAAGGAAAAAAUUGCUGGAAGACAAAAGGUCAAGUACAUUAAUGGAGGGAACAUUCAUCAAGAAACAGUUCAGUAAACACUACUCAUAUUUCAGCGACCAGUCCGGACUGAGCCAUGACCAAAAAGGGUCUGUUAAUGCAGCCACUUCGUUGCUGUGCAAAACCAGAGACAUGGAUGCAGCAUUAAAAGUAAAUGAAGAGCACAUUCAAGAACAAGAGAUGUUAAUACCAUUUCCAGUAGAAUUACAGAGUUCUGAGCAGAGAUCCACAUUGCCACAAGAUGUCAUGAUGCUCCUUCAUGCAGCACAGUCUAUCUCAAGGGUGCUAGCAAGGCAAGAUGAAUCUGAUAUAGACUGGCUGCAGAAUGUUCAGUUACAAGCAUUGUCCACAAUACUACGACAAAUGCUGCUACAGACAAUAAAGUGCCUUGCAGAUGGAAGAUGGGAGGUUCGAAGAAUGGCUCAGCAGACUUUACCAUUGAUCACUGAAUGUGCACGCUGGUAUGACAUGGCUAUUUUGACGUCAUUGUGGAAUGACUACCUACAUCCAGAAGAAUCUUUAAUGAGCUAUGGUUUAGCCUUGGCCCUAGCUUCAUCUGUUCAACAUGCCACACGCUUGAUUCAUCUAACAGAAGCCCCCCCCAUGUCAUGGAAAGAUCCGGACACAUACCAUGGGAUAACAUUACCUAUCAUUGCAGCAGUCACAGGAGGCUUACAGAAAUGGUGUGGCGUUGCUCUUUCUUUGCUGGGUCGUACAGCAGUUGAUAAACUUACAGUGGUUACCCUGGAAAUCAUCAUGACAACACAAAUAUGUUUUUCUGACACACUUUCUGAGAGUUUCCAAUGUGAAGUUGCAGUUCUGACAAAGAUUCUACAUGUGUUCUGUCAUGCACACCCACAACACCCACUUAGUCAGCAAUGUUCAUCAGAGGGGAAUUUGAGAGAGUUUGAAUCACCUAUUGAUGGAUAUCUGUGUAGCUGCUUGCAUGUGGCAGAAUGUAUGGAAUCCCUAGCUAGUCAAGUGGAGAGAUACUUACUGACAGAAUUGCACCAGUUCAUUCCUCCGUUUCUUCAGAUUUGCUCUGUUCAAGGAGUUUGCACUUUGUUUCAAGUCUUGCUUCACCUGGUUGGACAUUUCUCUCAGGAUUCUCAUGUGGCAACAAGUUUGUUAGAUGGAUGUGUGAUUGUUGGUAACAAGAUUGCAAAGUGGAUGCAGCAGUUCACAAGUCACGAUGAAAAGCCGCUUAUGCAUGUUGUGAAUGCUGCAGUGGAAGAAAUAACAGCUUUGGUUACAGACCAGAACACAGAAAUGUCAACCCUUAAACUACUGUUUGAUGUAUUCCUAUCCAUCUCUGACUUUGUUGAGGCUGAGAAGCUUACGUUGAUGUUGUCUGCACUGUCAUCAAGAUUGAAAGGAAUGGGGACUGUUAAUUUGGACAAUAAUACCUACAAGAGCAGUGAGGAUAUGGAUACAAAAAUUCUGAUUUACUUGUCUAACAACAUUGCUGCCAUCCAAGCUGAUAAUGGGGACUCUUCUGAUGAAGAUGCAGAAGAAAAUCAUGGGGAAAACCAAGCUGCAGAGUCCUUGUCAUUGAGUGUGAGUGGUGGAAGUGGACAGAUGCCAUGGCCAGCACAUGUAGGCACUGAGGAACAUGAAAUAUAUGCAGAACGUAACAACCAAGACGGAUCAGGGUCAGAUUGGGACUGGGAUGAUGAGCAAGAGGAUCAAGCAUCAUUAUAUUCUGUGGUGUCACAGUUCUUCCAACAAUUACAAGAGUCACAUAAGGGUGGUAUGUAUAUGUUACCAUUUUCUGCUAGAAAAUAACAAAAUCUUUGGUUCUGUGUGUGUAAAGCUUGCAACUAGUUCCUCAUUCACUUCAUACCUGAGGGCAUAUAAACCUGUCGAUUAUCUUUAGUGACAGUUUAUGGAGGUAGUCUGAGUGUUAGGCUUCAAUCUGGCCAUUGAAUUGUGAGCAAAUAUUUCUCUUGGGCAGAGCUUCAAUGUUGCAAGGAUGAGGUAAGGUGGAGGGUUUUGUAUAAAUGUUCCAUAAAGUACUCUUAACUUGCUGCCGGGUGUAAUUUCAAGUUGCAUGA